AUGGGAACCCCGCCAGCGGAUGGCAACCCCGCCAGCGAUGGGGACCCGCCCGUGAAGCGCGCUCCUUCCCGCUGCUGUUUCUCCAUCUCCAUCUCUCCGUCUUCUGCUCCUGGCCUUUCCUGGCACGGGCCGAGCUCUGAGCUCUUGCCCUUUUCUAGGGUGCCAUCCGUCUCCUCGUCAGCCGGGGGCAGUGGGCAUGGGCUUGUCCUCUGGCUGCUGGGGCCUGGGCCGCCCGGGUCAGUGUGGCGGGGCCGACAGUGCAGUUCCCGCCCCAGUGUGGUGUCGGCGGGUGAAGCCUGGCUGGUGUUCGUGCCCCCUGGAGGCUGGUGUGGGUGCCCCCUGGAGGCUGGUGUGGGUGCCCCCUGGAGGUUGGUGCGGCGCCCCAUGGAGGUUGGUGUGUGUGCCGCCCGGAGGCUGGUGCGGCGCCCCCUGGAGGCUGGAGCGAAGGUUAAGGUGCCCAGCGCCCUGCCCCGGGCUUCCUGGCUGCCUCGCUGCUGCCCCCUCCCGGGGCUGCGGGGCGGCGUUCCACUGGCUGCAUCUUCUCGCGAGGCGCCUUUGAUUCUCUGGAAGUUUGCGGAGCAGCCGCCGAGGCCUCUGCUGCCCAGGUCGCUGUGUUCCCCGCGGGGGCUAGCCUGGCUCUCGCCUCAGGCCGCCCACCUCUCUCCAGCCGACGCAGCCUCUCCCUUCCCGCUGCGGGAGGAGGCGAUGGAGCGACUUCCAGGCUCAGGGCAGCCGCCAAUCCCCCAGCAGCCGGCGGGGCGGAGGAGAAAGACCCCAGGAAGCAGAAGGCCCCGCCGGCAGGAGGGCCGCCCGGGGCUGCGCCACGUUUCCUGCCCGCGAGCAGCUGCGGGUCGCUCCCUGCCGUGCUGCUGCCCUUCUGUUCCCAUUCUGCAGGUGGUGAAGCCCUCUAUUGUUCUGACCCCACAAUUCCUGUCCCAUGACCAGGGCCAACUCACCAAGGAGCUGCAGCAGCAUGUAAAGUCAGUGCCAUCCUCAUGCAAGUACCUGAGGAAGGUGAGUGAGUGCAGACAGACGGGGCCUGGCGCCCUGGAACAGUUCCUGGUCUCGGCUGCCCCACGUCUCACAGGGGGCCAUGCUGGGGGGAGCGUAGGCAGUCACAGUACUGGCUUUUUCCUCCUUUUUCCUUCCAUGCAAGUACUCUGUGCUCAAGCCUUCGAGAGGAAGACGGCUGAGAGGAAGCCUGCCUACAAGAAGCACAGGAAGAGAAAGCAGAGAGUGCCAAAGAGACACAUGAGUGAGGAGCCAGUCCAGAAACGCCUGUGCCUGGAGAACGCUUUCUGGAGAGCAGAUUCAGGACCUCAUUCGGUUCCCAUGAGGAACAGCAGCUGCGUCCCAACUGAAAACACAGAGAAGACAAAGGUUAACAUGGCUGCAGCACAGCAUCGUCAUUGCUCAGGAUUGCCCUACUCCCCCUACCUCAUGGCUGAUCCUUCAAAGCCACUGAUGGCUUGCCAGCCACCUCCUCCAUCUGGGUGUCACCUGGGAGCUCAACCAUUUCCAUCAGCUAAAGGUGUUCUGGGACCUCUGACAAAUCCUCAACUCCAGUGUCCUCUAGGACCUCAGCCACCUUCUCCAACUGAUAAUUUUUGGGGACCACAGACACCUACACAUGAAUGUUUUCUGGCAUCUCUCCCACCUUCUGCAGGCCACGAUUUUCUGAGCCCAUACACAACUCCACCCGAGUGUCUUCUGACACCUCUACCACCACCUACAGAUGAUGAGUUUUUGAGACUGCAGACACCUACAUAUGAGGGUGUUUUGUUACCUCUACCAUCCUUAGCCAAUGAUUUUCUGAGUCCAUACACAACUCCACCUGAGUGUCUUCUGACACCUCUACCACCGUCUACAGAUGAUGAGUUUUCGAGACCACAGACACCUACAUAUGACGGUGUUCUGUUACCUCUACCGCUCUUAGCUAAUGAUUUUCUGAGUCCAUACACAACUCCACCUGAGUGUCUUCUGACACCUCUACCACCAUCUACAGAUGAUGAGUUUUAGAAACCACAGACACCUACACAUGAGGGUCUUCUGUUCCCUCUACUUCCCUUAGCCAAUGAUUUUCUGAGUCCAUACACAGCUCCACCCGACUGUCUUUGGGCACCUCUACCACCUUCUGUAGAUGAUAAUCUUUGGAGAUCACAGACACCACCAUUCGAGUGUCUUCUGGCACCUCUACCACCGUCUCCAGAUGAUAGUCAUUGGAGACCAAAGACACCACCAUUCGAGUGUCUUCUGGCGCCUCUACCACCUUCUCCAGAUGAUAAUCUUUGGAGACCACGGACACCACCAUUCGAGUGUCUUCUGGCACCUCUACCACUUUCUCCAGAUGAUAACCGUUGGAGACCAUGAACCCCACCACUGGAGUGUCUUCUG